CGUAUCUUCAACAUAAUUCAUCAUCUCCCGUAGUUGUGAAUUAAAUCGUCAUUCUUAUGAACGGCUGUCAUUGUUUGCAGUCCGUCCACUGGCGGGCGGAGGGUCGGAGGGCAAGCCGUCCGAGGAAGAAGAGGACCGCAGUGGGUCCCCACUGGGUCCCGGGGGACCGUACGCGUGCAGCCAGUGCCGGGGCGCGUACCCCACGCGUGAACAACUCGAGCGGCACGAGACCCUGCACUCCCCCAGCACACAGGUGGAUACACUCAGAUAUUCAUGCAAGAUAUGCCACAAAAGCUUCGCGAACGUCUACCGACUGCAGCGCCAUAUGAUCAGCCACGACGAAAGCGCGUUGUUACGCAAGUUCAAAUGUAAUGAUUGCGACAAAGCGUUCAAGUUCAAACACCAUCUCAAAGAGCACUUGCGUAUUCACAGCGGGGAGAAGCCUUUCGAGUGUGCUAACUGCGGCAAGAAGUUCUCCCACUCCGGCUCUUACUCUAGUCACAUGACUUCCAAGAAAUGUCUCGUCAUGAACCUCAAGAUGGGAAGAAUCAAACCCAAUAAUCCCGCUCUAAACCCUGAAAGAAGUCCAUCGAGAAAACGGGCCAACGCCAUAGUGACAUCUCAACUUAACAACAAUAUUGCCCCAAAUGGAAGCUCGUUUCUACCGAUUUUACCCAAAUACAACGAAGCUGCUGCCGCCGCUUUCUUUGCUAGUAUGUCUUCCCAAGAAAACAAUUUCCAUCGGCCGCCAUUGGCGCAACCCGGAAUUAAUCCCUUUUAUAUGCCACCAGGCAUGCCUAUGAGCCCAGCGAGUGGUAUUGCUCCGUAUAGUUUUCCGACUUCGCUUAGCCAAUUAUUCGAACAACUAGCUUCAUCACAAUAUCAACAAAGAAAAAUAGAAACCCCCGUUAGCCCAAAAUUAACAAGUCCUCCUCCAGCUGACCCUGAAGAUCUCAUAGAGGAAGUCACUGAAGAAGACGAUAAACGAUCAGAAGGGAGUGCCGAACUCGUAAUGGAUAUCGAGGAAGACGAAGCGGCAUCUAUCAAAAAGGAACAAGAAGACCACGAACAUGGUCCAAAGUCACCUCUUAAUUUCGAAUCCGUCCCUUUAAACAACAAUGACCAAAUGCAUAAUAAUCAUUCUGGUUUCAACACGAUAUUAGAAUCCGUAAACACAUCAGUCACGAAGCAUUUUUUCAGAGCAAAUAUGGAAAAAUUGUCACCUAUUUCGGGUAAUGUCUGUCCUAGUAUAGAAUCACCACCUCACAUUAUCGUAAAAGAAGAACCUGAAGAUGCCCAUAGGUGUCAAAAAUGUAAUGUUACCUUUAAUAGUAGCGCAGAUUUAUUAAAACAUGAAAAAGUAGUCUGUGGAAGUCUAUUUAGGAAACACGAAGGAUUGGCAGCUCAAGUAGCUGAAACAGUAGCACUUAAUAGAUUGGAAGCCGAAAUGCGCGCUUCUAUACAGAGCGGAGUGAGCGCGAGUGAAGAUGAAGACUUUUCGAGAGAAGAGCGUGAUGAUAAAUUGUCUUUACAUGAUAACGAUAGAAAAAUAAGAGUUCGGACGGCAUUAAGUGAAGAACAGCAAGCAAUACUAAAAGAGCAUUAUUCGAUUAAUCCGAGACCAAAUCGAGAAGAAUUCAAGAGGAUCGCUCAAAAAAUCGGACUUGAUAAUAGAGUUGUACAGGUUUGGUUCCAAAACAACAGAGCACGUGUACGGAGGAUGACGCAAACGUUGUCGGUAUCUGAUCAGCCACUCGAUUUGUCAACCAAAAAAUCAGCUCAAUCACCGACACCUAGCCCGACACCUUCUCCGUCGUGCAGUAUUUCUGUGACACAUUCCGAUUCAGAAGAGGCAGUGAACCUAAGCCAAAAGUCUUCGCGCAGUACAACACCGCACCGCCCCACCUACAAUAACACGUAUCCACAUUCCAAUUGCUCUUCGUCUUCAUUCACAGACUUUCGGCUAUCUCCUUCGCCAAGCGAAACAAUAAAUGGGCAGAAACGAUUGUUACCGCAGAAAAUGCUCAUGAACCAUCUGAUGCCGAUGGACAGAUUAAUACAACAAAACGACGUCGUUCAUGCACGGUCUCCCGUUCUUAAGAUGGAAAUGACCACGGAGAGUCGGCAGGCAUCGAGCCCGUCGUACGAGCGACUCUCGUGGAGGGAAUCACAAAACGAAUUCGACGAAGACGCUCCUGUACUUAAAAAGAACAAAUUGAAGCAAGAAUUCAAAGAAGGCGAGGACCACUUCGUCUGCAAUCUUUGCGAUAAGACUUUUGUCAAGCAAAGUUCCUUAGCUAGACACAAAUAUGAACAUUCAGGUCAGCGUCCGUACAAGUGCGAGGUGUGCCCUAAGGCGUUCAAGCACAAGCACCACCUGACGGAGCACCAGCGGCUUCACACGGGUGAGAAGCCCUUCCAGUGCUUCAAGUGCCUCAAGAAGUUCUCACACUCCGGCUCCUACAGUCAGCACAUGAACCACAGAUUCGCCAUUUGCAAGCCCUACAGAAAUUAAAUAUUUCGACAUAGCCGCAGAUUAGUUAAUAAUUACCACAUUAGCUUCAUAGCAAACUGUAGAAGAACAAAACACUAUUGGAAAACAACAUUAAUUCUACUCUUCUAUGAUUUUGACGAAAAAAUGUCAUCCAUUCUGAGGUUCUUAGUUUAGUUCGUACAUAGUUCUAUGUAAGACAUCUCAAAGAUUUUGUUUAUUCAAAUUGAAUACGUUUUAGAGGACGAGUUCUCGACACUCGGCAGGUAUAUCUAAUUUUACAUCGAGCGAAUAAAACAGAUCGUUGCAUUGUAUUGAAUAGUUUUAACUCCUCAACAAUUGACCGAGUGAGACCGUGCCAAAUACUUUGAACCGAUGAAAUCUUUGAAACGUCUAGUGUCCGGCUCAUGAACCGCCGUGUCGCUGACAUACCAUUUGACGGUAAUCAAGUAUUUGAUGCUCGGUAUUUUGUCUCGUUUCGAUGUAAGCUUGUUGCUCAACGUCAGUUUUUUAUAAAGUAAGAUGUAUUACCAAAAUAACUAUAAUGCCAAAGGACGAUUCGCGAUGCCAAAAAUAUUACUUAUUUUUAAUAUUUCAUAUUAUUAUAUUUAAUUAUUAAUUAAUUACGUUAUCCCAAAGGCCAGUACCUGUAGCAUAAUACUCAUUUAAUGUUGUUAUAUUAUUUUAUACAAUGGCUUGAUAUUUUCGAGAUGUCAGUUUUGAUGGAAGAUUUAUUUAUAUGAUAACGAAUAUUGUCAUAUAUCUCUUGUGCCAAUUCACGAACAGCAAACAACGAAAUGUUUAUUAUAUUUGACCAAUUUCGCAUUCACAGUGUUAUACUGGAAAAUAUUCUUACUGAA